AUGGGCACGUCACGCACGCCAGACGCGUUUGUGACUGUGACAUGGGGAUUCUGUAUUCAAAAGUUUACGCCAAGUACCAACCACAGUGUUUGGGCAUUCUCAAUACCCAUGUCUGCACUAGGAGGUCGUGCAUAUCAGGCAGCGGGAAAUGCCCUCUCAGAAUCAAAAUACGUUUUGCUUCGUGGCCUACCCCCAAUGACGACCUCUCAUGACCUUCGUAGACUUCUCAUAAGAAACGAGAUUAAGGGCGUCUCGGAAGUGUCGUUAUUCUACAAGCACUGCAGGCCUACUGGAAAGGCAAUUCUCACUAUGGCUCUCCCUGACUAUACGCGCAAUGCUAUUCGGGAAGCCAGCUCAUUAUCCUUUCCAGGUCGAAAGAUAGAUGCGGAACCUAUCACUAAUAUCAAAAGCUAUGGCAUUGGUACGGGCGGACAGCGUUCAACAGUGCUUGGCACGGGCCCAUCUGCCAAUUGUCCAGAACGAAGGACCGUGACUAUUCAUGGGUUUCCUGGCAGAACACCUGUUUCUCAAGUUGUGAAGUUGCUGGAAGGCUUCCGCGUCGACAAAGAUCUUCCUGUUCCCGCAGAAAUGGUCCCACUACCGGAGCGGAAGUUCGCCCUAGUGUCAAGAUUUUUGGUUUAUCUUGAAUCGGAAUCGGAAGCGCAAAGAUUUGUCAGGAAGUACCAUAUGACUAGACAUAAAAUUACCAAUGGCCUUCUGAAAGCAACCAUUAUCUAUUAA